AUGACACAAUAUCAUCCGAUAAAACAAGCAAUUGCUAGACCAUCAGUUAGUGCUCCGUCGCCACCUCCAUCUCCACUGGCCCCACCUUUACCGGUGAAUACAGGUGUGCCAAAACUUGCGACUAUUUCAGUGACUGAUAAUUUACCUCCAAUGCCACCAAAUAUACCAUCAGCACCAUCUUUACCUAAUUCAACUAUAUUCAAUCAUUUGUCAUGCGAUCUUCGACGACAAGUACACCGCCAACAAUAA